GAAUUUUGUAUGAUGCUAAGAAUUAAAAAUAAAUAACUUGGUCUAGUCGACCAAACUUCACCCCCGAUGAAAUUUCUUUUUUCGUGAAAUAAAAAUAAUUCAUUCAAAUUUAAGAUAAAUCAAAAAUUAUAUUAAAUUAUAUUAAAUCUUCGAUAAUGAGUUAUCCGCAAAAAAAAUUGAUAAAAGAUAUUGAUCCUAACGAGGUUCAAAAAUUUAAAAAAUCAUUUGAUAAUAAUAUUACUAAAAUAUUAACAGAAGGUGAUGAAGGAUAUGAAGAGAGCAUAUUGAGAUGGGCUGAUAAUUCAAUUAGAAAAGCAGGAAUUGUUGUUCAAGCGACAUGUCUUGAUGAUAUCGUUAAAACUGUUAAUUUUGCUAAUAAAAAUAAUUUGGAUUUUGCUGUAUGUUGUGGUGGUCAUUCAACUUCUGGUAGUUCAAGUUCUGAAGGAGGAAUAGUAUUAAAUAUGAGAAAAUUAAAUAAAGUAAGAGUUGAUACUGAAAAGAAAUUAAUUUAUGCUCAAGGUGGUGCAUUAUUCGGUGAAGUUGAUAGUGAAGCUUGGAAAUAUGGGUUAGCUACCGUAGGAGGUAUAGUUCAUCAUACAGGAAUUGGCGGAUUAUCAUUAGGAGGUGGUUUUGGUUACUUAACAAGUAAACAUGGAUUAACAGUUGAUAAUAUUAUGGGAGCUACAAUAGUUACUGCAGAUGGUGAAGUAAGAGAAUUAUCAGCUAACAAGAAUGAAGAUUUAUUUUGGGCGAUUAGAGGAUGUGGAAUUAAUUUUGGUGUUGUUUAUGAAUUUAUUUUUCAAGCUCAUGAACAAAAAGAAAUUGUCGCCGGUUUUUUAGCAUUUCCUGCUGAAAAAUUAGAUUCUGCCGUUGAAGCCUCUAAAGCAUGGCUUAAAAAUCGUGGAACUGAUGAAAAUAUCACCUUUGUCAUUAAUAGACUCCCUCCGGAAAAUAAGCCAGCCAUCACGUUCAUAUUAUUUUCUGAUGAUCCAUCGGAACAAGUUUUUCGAAAAAAAUUUUCACUUAUUUAUGAAUGUGGUGAACCAAUAUUUGAAAAAGUAGAACGUAUGCCAUAUCCCAAAUUAAAUAUGUUAUUGGAUGAAUCCACCGACUUUGGAGAUCGUAAAGCAGUACUCAACGCGCAAAUUGAUUAUGUUAAUAUCUCAAGCGUUCGUGAAGCCUAUGAAUCCUUUGUUAAUUUUACAAAUGAAAAUCCGGAAGCCGCUCAAACACAUAUUGAAAUUGAUUUAAUUGAUAGCAAAAAAAUUGCUUCAAUACCUUCUGAUUCUACAGCAUUUCAUCCUCGUAAACAAUUUUAUCACGUAGUUAUAGUUCAAAGAUGGAAAACUAAAGAGUGUGAUAAAAUUGUUUAUGAUUGGUCAAAAAGUAUUCAAAGUAUUUUUAAUAAAGAUGGAGAUAAAUCUCUUUACGUUAAUUUUGUGGAUACUACUACGGAUCAAGCAUAUAAUAAUGAAGAGAUUUUGAAAAAUGUAUGGGGUAAAAAUUAUGAAAGAUUGAAAGAAUUGAAAAGAAAAUAUGAUCCAAACGUUUUUUUCAGAAAAGGUGCUGUCAUCUUUCCAUGAUUUAUUAAAUAUUAAAUAUUUUUAAGAAUUAUUUUUUAUAUAUAUAUUUACUUUAUAGUAUGUAAAUUUUUCAUAUUUUAAAUUUUAAAUGAGCCUUAUUAUAUUUUAUUAUAUUUUUU